GGACGCUCGGGGCGGGGUAUUGUACUAGUGGAGGUGCUGUUGGUUGUGGCGCCGGUGCAUCAUGGCUGCCGUCAUGUCACCGGCCAGGGCCCCGUGCGAUAGCGAUCCGGCCACUCCUGCGGCGCCGUCCCUGAAGGAAGAUAAUUCAAAUGAUGGAAGAGAUCUGGAGGAAAACUCCAAUGAUGGAAGUCAACCCCCCAAGAGAAGGCGUACAGCAUCUGGAGAAAGCUCCCCAAGCUGUGAAAAUUCAAACCAAGAUUUUGGCUCCAGCUAUUUCCCUGCUGAAAAUUUAGUUGAAUACAAAUGGCCAUCGGAUGAGACUGGGGAGUACUAUAUGUUACAAGAGCAAGUCAGUGAAUAUUUGGGUGUCACCUCUUUCAAGCGUAAAUAUCCAGAUUUAGAACGAAGAGAUCUUUCACACAAGGAGAAACUUUACCUGAGGGAGCUCAACGUCAUUACAGAAACUCAGUGCACAUUAGGUCUGACAGCUCUGAAAAGUGAUGAAGUUAUUGACCUCAUGAUAAAAGAAUAUCCUACCAAGCAUGCAGAGUACUCCAUUAUUCUUCAAGAAAAAGAGCGCCAACGCAUUACGGAUCAUUACAAGGAAUACUCGAUAACUACUGAAGAGAUUCAGAAUGAAGUAUGUGAUCAGGAUGAAACAGGGAAACAACAGAACACACAAAAGGUGGAAGCGAGUAAAGUGCCAGAGUAUAUCAAGAAAGCUGCCAAGAAAGCCGCAGAGUUCAACAGUAACUUAAAUCGAGAGAGGAUGGAAGAGAGAAGAGCUUACUUUGAUUUACAGACGCAUGUAAUCCAGGUACCCCAAGUAAAGUACAAGAUUCUACCUACAGAAACAACUAAAGUAAGCCCCUACCCUGUUUCCCUUAUACCUGGACAAUUUCAGGAGUAUUAUAAGAGGUAUUCCCCUAAUGAACUCCGGUACCUGCCAUUAAACACUGCUUUGUAUGAGCCGCCACUAGAUCCUCUAGACCCGGAACUGCUGGCACUUGAUAGUGAUGGCGAUUCGGAUGAGAUUGAUGAAGGACGUGAAAAGAAGAAAACCAAAUCUUCAGACAGUUCAUCUGGCAAUGUCUCCGAGGGUGAGAAUGCGCAGGAUAUCCAGGAGGAAUCAUUUCAGGGAAAACCAAAGGCAAAAGAAAAAUCCACCCCCAAAAAGGAAGGCACCAAACGUUCUGUAAUGUCCAAAGCGACUGGGUACAAGCCUAAGUCCAUCCCAAAUGCUAUUUGUGGAAUUUGUCUGAAGGGUAAGGACGUCGCCAAGAAGGGAAAAUCCGAAAGGCUUAUACACUGCUCCCAGUGUGAUAACAGUGGUCAUCCUUCAUGUCUGGAUAUGUCACCCGAAUUAGUUGCGGUAAUAAAGAAAUAUCCCUGGCAGUGUAUGGAGUGUAAAACAUGUAUUAUAUGUGGACAGCCUCACCAUGAGGAGGAAAUGAUGUUCUGUGACCACUGUGACCGUGGCUACCACACUUUUUGUGUUGGUCUUGGUGCUCUUCCAUCAGGUCGUUGGAUAUGUGACUGCUGUCAAAAUGUCCCAGCAACGCCAAAAAAAGGAGCGAAAAGGGGCAAAAAUAGUAAAGAAGGAUAAAUCCAUUUUUACUCCUACAUAUCGGAGAAUUGCACAAGCCUUUAAAACGGUGCUACACAACAAAAUACUAUGGCGUGAUCCUUGGAAAGAUCACAUAUGUACCAAUUUUUCACCUUUUUACACCAAAUGAAAUAUUUUAGAAUAUUUUAAUUUUCCUAGCAUGCUAGGACUUCAGGUGAAUGCCCAUCUAUUAUGGGCAAACCGUUGUGCAUUUUGAAAAAUCAACACAAAAAACAUACCUCACACGAAUAGGCUUAAAGUGAAAAAGGCUGUGGUAUGUACUGAUAAUUCCACGCAGCCUACAACCUGCAAGUUGAACUGUCUUUCUUAAUAGCAAACCAUAAAGUGCUAACUUUUAGUUGCACCCUUUGCAUAGCCGCUGUAAUUAACAAUAAUGAAAUCCUUGCUAAGGCUGCUUUCACACUAGCGUUCGGGGCUCCGCUUGUGAGUUCCGUUUGAAGGCUCUCGCAAGCGGCCGUGAACAGAUCCAUACAGCCCCAAUGCAUUCUGAGUGGAUGCGGAUCCGCU